AUGGCAUAUUAUCAACAACAAGUUAACAAUCCGCAGAAUAUGCAGUUUUAUCAGUCCAAUUAUUCAUAUCAACAAUCACAACCACAGCCCACAAUGGGUUCAAUGGAUACCGGUUUCAAUAAUGAUGUAAGUGGUCAAAUGGGAGGAGGCGAGUUAAAACCAGGAUUAUUAGCUGCAUUUGGUACACUGGGUUACCCUGGUGAACCACCUUUAUUAGAAGAAUUAGGUAUAAAUUUUCAACAUAUUAAAUCAAAAACAUUAGUUGUUUUAAAUCCAUUAAAUAAAGAUAUACCUAGUGAUAUUAUGAGUGAUUCAGAUUUAGCAGGUCCAAUAUUAUUUGUUUUAUUGUUUGGUACUUUAUUACUUCUAGCAGGUAAGAUACAAUUUGGUUAUAUAUAUGGAGUUGGAUUAUUCGGUAUAUUGAGUCUACAUUAUUUAUUUAAAUUCAUGAGUAAUGAAACUCAAAUUGAUUUGAUACGUUCAGCAUCAGUCAUUGGUUAUUGUUUAUUACCAUUGGUUUUAAUAAGUGUCGUUGGAGUUGUAUUAAAUUUAGAUAAUUUAAUUGGUUAUAUAUUAAGUGCAAUUGCAGUUUUAUGGUGUACUUAUUCAGCAAGUGGAUUUUUUGUAUCAGUUCUAAAAUUGCAUAAUGUAAGACCAUUAAUUGCUUAUCCUUUAUGUAUGUUUUAUACUGUAUUUGCUUUAAUGGCUAUAUUUGUUGAAAAGACAGAAAUUAAAUAG